CUCCAAGCCCAGCUGGGCCGACCAGGUGGAAGAGGAGGGAGGAGAGGACGACAAAUGCAUCACCAGCGAGCUGCUGAAGGACAUCCCCCUGCCCGGGGUGCUGGGGGGCAGCCUGAGCGCUGAGGCCGAGCUGCUGAAGGGAGGGCCGCUCCCCUCCCCAAAGGAGCUCAUCAACGGCAACAUCAAAACCAUCACCGAGUACCGCGAGGAGGAGGACGGGCGCAAGGUGAAGAUCGUCCGCACCUUCCGCAUCGAGACCAGGAAGGCCUCCAAGGCGGUGGCUCGUCGGAAGAACUGGAAGAAAUUCGGCAACUCGGAAUUCGACGCCCCCGGCCCGAACGUGGCCACCACCACCGUGAGCGACGACGUCUUCAUGACCUUCAUCACCAGCAAGGAGGACCUGAAUUGCCAGGAGGAGGAGGAUCCCAUGAACAAGCUGAAGGGGCAGAAGAUCGUCUCGUGCCGCAUCUGCAAGGGCGACCACUGGACCACGCGCUGCCCCUACAAGGACACCCUGGGCCCGAUGCAGAAGGAAUUGGCCGAGCAGCUGGGCCUGUCCACGGGCGAGAAGGAGAAGCUGCCCGGAGAGCCGGAGCCGGUGCAGGCUCAGCAAAGCAAAACGGGCAAAUACGUCCCCCCCAGCCUGCGGGACGGAGCCAGCCGCCGCGGAGAGUCCAUGCAGCCCAACCGCAGGGCCGAUGACAACGCCACCAUCCGUGUCACCAACCUGUCCGAGGACACGCGUGAGACCGAUCUCCAGGAGCUCUUCCGGCCUUUCGGCUCCAUCUCCCGGAUUUAUUUAGCCAAGGACAAGACCACCGGGCAGUCCAAGGGAUUCGCCUUCAUCAGCUUCCACCGCCGCGAGGACGCGGCCCGGGCCAUUGCUGGGGUCUCUGGAUUUGGCUACGACCACCUCAUCCUCAACGUGGAAUGGGCCAAACCCUCCACCAACUGA